AUGCAAAUCAAGAACACCCUCGCCGUGGCCGCCAUGGCUGGUGCCGCCGUCGCUGCCGACGCCAACAACUCGACCUUGAUUGCUGCCACUGCCGCGCCGUCGCUGGUGGCGUCGGCUUGUCUGUUUGACAAGUUCACCGCCACUGCCACCGCCCAGAUCCAGCAGGUGGCUGCCUGUGCCACCGCCGUCGGUGACAUCACCAUCCAGGGUUCCGACCUCAACCAGGUCGACUUGACCGGUGUCCACGCCAUUUUCGGGUCGGUCAACAUCAACAACGUCCCCCAAAUCAACCAGAUCCUCGCCCCCGACCUCCAGACGGUGUCGAAGGACUUUGAAGUUGUCAACGCCACCGUGUUGAAGGAAAUCAACCUCGCCCAAUUGACCACCGUCGGUUCGUUGUCGCUCAAGGCGCUUUCGCAAUUGGACAAGUUGGAAUUGACCACGGGUUUGACCUCCGCCGACUCGGUGGUGAUCGCCGACACUGGUUUGUCGUCGUUGGAAGGUAUUGAUGUCUACGAACUUAAGAACUUUGACGUCAACAACAACCCCAACAUUGAAAAGAUCAAGUCCGACUUGAAGCUGGUCACCGGUCUCCUUUCCAUCUCAUACAACUCGCAAGACGUCGACGUCGCCUUGGACCAAUUGACCUCGGUCGCUGACCUUAACUUGCAAGCCAUCAAGUCGUUCUCGGCUAAGAACUUGACCUCGGUGAACGGGACGUUGUCGUUGAUCGGCACGUCGGUGAAGGACUUUGAACUCAACAACGUUGAACUGAUCCAAAAGUCGUUGGCCAUCAACGAAAACUCGGACUUGACCCAACUUAACUUCACCAAGUUGAACCAAAUCGGUGGUGCCCUCACCAUCGGUGACAACGACAAGCUUAAGAGCUUUGACAGCUUCCCUAAGUUGACUCAAAUUGGCGGUUCCGUCAACUUGACCGGGUCGUUCGACAAGGGCGACUUCCCCGAAUUGAAGAGAGUGGCCGGUGGUUUUGAAUUGGACUCCGACGGUGACUUGACUUGUGACGCCUUCCAAAAAUUGAACAGCAACAGCGUCAUUAAGGGUGACGAGUUCAAGUGCAAGGCUAAGCAAGAAGAAACCUCGUCGUCGUCGUCUAAGGCGGGCAACUCCUCGGGUCUCGCCACCUCGUCGUCUACCGGUGACAGAGCCGCUGAAGAAACCUCGUCGUCGUCGUCGUCGGGCUCGGGCUCUGACUCGAAGUCGUCGUCUUCGGGAUCCGGAUCCGCUAAGUCUUCGGGCUCCUCCUCCAAGUCGGGCGCCUCGGGCGUCUCGGGCAAGCUGGCCCUUUUCGCCGCCUUGUUUGUCGCUGUCGGCGCCGCCCUCUUCUAA